AGCCCCACCAAUCAAAUCUGGCCAAGGUGCAAAACAACAGCAUACAUUGCGACGGUUAGAAGAAGAGGGCGGGGAGCUCCAGGACUUACACAAACUGAGAUUGAACCGUCUUCAUUCCACGCAUGUUCAUGUUUAACAUUUGAGGAUCAAGGAGAAAGAUGUCAGUAGCCGGACUAAAGAAACAGUUUCACAAAGCAAAUCAGUUACUAAAGGAAAAACUCAAUGGAGUUGAAGGAACAAAGCUGGAUGAGGAAUUCCUCCGUAUGGAAAGGAAAACUGACAUUACCCACAAAUUGAUUCUUGACCUUGUUCCAAAAACUAUAGGAUAUCUUCAGCCAAACCCAGCAUACAGAGCAAAACUCAGCAUGCUCAGCACAGUAUCUAAAAUUCGGGGGAAGGUGAAGACUGUUGGCUAUCCACAAACAGAGAGCAUUCUGGGAAGUUGCAUGCAGCACUAUGGCAAUAAGCUUGGAGUUGAGACCGGCUUUGGUUAUGCUCUGACUGAAACGGGAGAGGCAUUGAAACAAGUAGCCCAGGCAAGAGACAAUAUGGAUAUCAGAGUGAAGCAAACCUUCAUUGAUCCUUUGCAAUCAAUACAGGACAAUGAGUUAAAAGAAAUUGGGUAUCAUUUAAAAAAACUUGAAGGUCGGCGUCUUGACUUCGAUUAUAAGAAGAGGCGAAAAGGAAAGAUCACAAACGCAGAGAUUAAGAAGGCAUUAGAGAAGUUUGAGGAGUCUAAAGAUCUGGCGGAGAGAGGCAUGUUUAAUCUCCUACAAAAAGAUGUAGAGGAGAUGCAGUAUCUCUCAGACUUCAUCUCAUCAGUGAUGGACUUUCACCAACAAUCGUUACAGAUUCUAGAAAAUCUCAGGGGCGGUUUGCAGACCAGAAUAUCAAAUUCAAGCAAUCGACCCAGAAGGGAAUUUGCAUCAAAAUCGGCUGCGAGCACAAUGUGCUGCACGGAUGUUUAUGGACUCUCCAAUUGCUCAUCGGGACAAUCAUCAGGGACAGAGAUUAAUGAAGCCUUGAGUUCAAAAUAUGCUCCAGUUGUGGUUCACUCACCUGAGAAGGUGGCCAGCAAAACCCAAACAACAAAGAAUCUCACCAGCAAUCAUGACAGUGAUAUUCCCUUGGAUCAGCCCUGUUGUCGGGCACUUUACACUUUCCAGCCAGAAAACCAGGUAGAGCUUGGCUUUAAGGAAGGUGACAUCAUCAUUCUGACCGGUCGGAUAGAUGAGAACUGGUAUGAGGGUAUGCUCAGAGGGAAGUCUGGCUUCUUUCCAAUAAACUAUGUCAAAGUGCUUAUACCUUUGCCACAGUAACAGCAGGAAGGAACUGCAGCUGGACAGCAUGAACUCUUCUGGUUUCUGAGAAACUUUGGGUGUUUGAUCACAGUUCAUGUAUGACGAAUGCCUGAGCUAUGCUGUAUAUGUAUCACUAUGCAAAAUGUAUGUACCUUGCCUUGUAUUUCUUUACCUACUGUACGUUUUUUAAUAAUCUACAGAUGCAAUAUACAUUGGAGAUGCAGAAAUGUGCUGCUAUAUUAAAUGUAUAUCAUAAAUAUUUUUCAUUGAUUUUAAUGUGAUUAAAUAGAUUUAAUUGUUAGAUAAUUAUGGACUGUAAACCAGUGUAUAUUUUUGCCUUUUUUAACACUUAAAUACUUCCAAGUAUUCCUUUCCAGGAGUGUUUAUUAUGCUCUUUUUUUUAUAUAUAUCUAUAAAUCCCAGAAUGUAAUACUAAAGUUGAAUUAAUGCACUGAUAUGUUAUAUCCUAUAUAAUAUAAUAAAUAACAUAAUGUCCUCACUGUUGACCUUAUUAUAAAACUUGCACCUUGAAACGAGAUUUCUCAUACUGGCGUUUUGUAAUUCUGAAUGUCAAUGAUUUUUGAGCCCAGCCGCACGCCGUAGUGGCGGUUCCUUGCUGGAGCCACGGAUGUUCAAACUUUUGUGAUAUGCCAAAGUUUAAAAGUUAAAUAAAAGGACACGUUUAUUUAUCA